AUGAAACGCGAGUACCUCCCGAUCGAGUCUCUGCCAGCCUGGCAACGACUCAACGGGAUCGCUGUGCACGGCAUCGCGGUCCAGAAGGUUGGAUCCGAUGAACAUGGCGCAGACAAAGGUUGUGCCAUCAUCGCAACUGAAGCCAAGACGAGCAGCGAGAAUGACGCAGAACCCAAGAUUCUCCUACAGAUUCCGUCCGACUUAGUGCUCUCCCUCGAGACUGUGCAUAACUACGCGAAAAGCGACCGGUACUUGCGCGAUGUCUUGGAGGCAAUCGGCGACUUUGGAAGGACAGCUAGAGGUGCGAUCCUGAUAUUCCUACUCGUUCAACUAUCGCAUAGCAGCCCCGAUCUGCGCUCGCGACACGAGACCAUCGGCAUCUCCACUCCUUGGACCGAAUAUGUCAAGUUUCUGCCCCCAUCGUUUCCCCUCCCUACUUUUUACACUGCCGAGGAACAAGAACUCCUCCGGGGCACGUCGCUUGCAGAUGCCCUGGAUGCAAAGGUUACAUCGCUUGAGCGAGAAUUUGAACACCUUCGCCAGGCCACAGAGGGUAUUGCGUGGUGUCAGCAGAGUUGGUGGGAUGAUAGUACGGGCAGGCUGACGAUUGGUGACUGGAAAUAUGUGGAUGCAGCUUAUCGGUCGCGCAUGGUGGACCUACCUGGCAGUGGUCUUGCGAUGGUGCCUUGUAUUGAUAUGGCCAAUCAUGUAUCCGGCGAGGGAGUCAAAGCGCUGUAUGAUGCAGAUGCCGAGGGGAAUGCGAUUUUACAAUUGCGGUGGGGCAAGGCUCUGCAGCCUGGGGAAGAGGUUACGAUCUCUUAUGGUGACGAGAAGCCCGCAUCUGAGAUGAUUUUCUCUUACGGUUUCCUUGAGAGUAACCGGACGGAUGCACGGGAAAUAUCACUUAACCUGGAGAUUCCGGAGGAUGACCCCCUCAGCCUCGCAAAAAGGAUCUUCUGCCAGAAUGACUUGGGAAUUCACAUUUCGACGGUUCAAGGCUCUGAUGGCGUGACCUGGGAGAGUCCGCUAGCGUGGAUAGCAUGCGUGAACGAAGAGGAUGGGCUUCACUUUGGCAUCGCACAGACCACCGACGGCAGUCGGGAGUUGGAAACCACCUGGAAGGGCGAAAAGAUCGAAUCACCUAAUCGUCUGCGCGAUCUUCUCGCGGUUGAUCCCCUAUGGGAGAUUUUCCAGCUACGCGCUGCAGUACUACUACUCGAACAGCUCGAGACCCAGCUCGCUGUUCUGCAACAGACAGAGGAAAGCAUCUCGAAUCUACAAGAGGACAAAGCGGCAUUGCAUUCCAUGUUUCGACCUGGGAUCUUCACAUCGAUUACCCAAUUCCGGAACCUGGAGGGGGAUCUACUAGAAAAGGCCAUUGAAGAAUUUAUCAAACAGAGAACCGAAUUACUCAGUUCUGAAACAGUGGCCGCGUAUUUCAAAGCACAGACAGGGGAGCCAGACGAAGCAGAUGACUUUUCAUGA